AUGGCUCUUCAGCUGUAUACACAUGCUUUCAAUAUCUCUCCAGUAGAGGAGAGGAGAUUGUGUAUAAAUGGAACACCAUGGAUUUGGCAUCUCCUUGAAGAAUGUGUGGAGAAUGCGUGGGAGUUUUGGAGCGUUGUCACAGGCCUGAUUUCCAUUGUCUGCUUUCUGUUUGCUGCACUACCUCAAAUUUUUGUCGCCUGUCGCAGUGGAAGAGUGGAUCAAGCGCUCUCCCUGGGCUUCCUGCUCUGUUGGCUAGCUGGAGAUGUAACAAAUUUUAUAGGCUGCUAUUUAACAAAUCAACUGCCGAUUCAGAUUGUCACUGCCAUCUUUUAUGUUAAUAUGGAUAUAAUUAUGAUUUCGCAGUUUGUCUACUAUAAGCUCAAGAAUGAAAAGACAACAAAAUACAGCACAGCCCUGAAGCAUUUCUGUAUAAGCUGGAGUUUGGUGUGUGUAACACUGCAUGUUAUUCUACCCUGUCAGCUUUUAUUGAGAAACCAAGACCAGAGUAUAGACUUAGAAACAAGCAAUAGAAGUCUUGAUAUGAUGGAAGUGUCAGGCUACGUUUGUGGCUAUCUCUCUUGUGUGUUUUACUUGGGAAGUAGAUUUCCUCAGCUGUACAAAAAUUUUCGAAGAAGAUCCACAGAAGGCACCUCCUACGUGCUGUUUGCAUUAGCUAUGAUGGGAAAUGGUACCUAUGGGCUGAGCCUUGUUUUGAAGAUGCCCGCUGCCGAAUCCUUCCGGGCCCUCUACUUCUUACACCGUCUUCCAUGGCUCAUUGGGAGCUUUGGAGUUUUGUUUCUAGACAUUUUUGUGACUCUGCAAUUCCUUACGUAUCGCCAGCAGCGCGAGGGCCGCGGCAGUCCCGGGGCCCUGGAAGCGGAGCCGUUACUCCUGGCUGAAGAGAGCGCCUAG